AUGUGUGCAGCUGCAGUAAUUAUUCGAAUCGCAAAACAAAAGUACCGAAUGCGUAAGAAGGAAGCAAAUGAUUAUUCGCUGCUAGCUGAUACUGAAACGAAAAAAGUAAAAUCAGAAGAAGUAGCAAGCGAUGAAGCAUCACUGAGCACAGCACAUUCGACAGAAUUAACUUUGAUUUGUAACACGAUUGAACUUUCACCUCGGCCCUUUGUUGUGGACAGCAAAGAAGGAGCGAUUCUGAAUUUGAAGAACUGUUACAGUAAUGAAUGGAUAGCAGUGCGUAUUCUUACCAACAAUACUACAUUAAGCAUUUACCCAACUAAAUUUUUAUUGCCACCUAAACGUAUUAGUGCCGCUGAAGUAACUCUUAGUAGUAAUAAAAUGAAUACUGAAGUAUCAAGCCGAAUCUUAGCUCAAUGGUUCACUUUAGGAGCAUCUUGUCCGUCAAAAAACGUGACUAGUCUUUGGACUAGACCAUAUUGUGUACAACGUGAUAAAUGGCAUUACAAAAUUAUACGCAUUUAUUUUGAUUUUGGUUAA